UGACAUUAAACUUGUACCAUAGGUCGAUGUGGUCUGGAGGCGGACUGAUCCUGAAGAAACUCCAAGUGCGAGCAUGGAUAUCUUAUCGCCAAUUCGAUCUUAGCAUCAACAAACCCAAUCUAUUCAUGAACUAAGGGACUAUUCCCCUACAACAUCAAAAGAAUGUCACCAACCGUAGACAUGCAAGCCCUCCAAAGACUACGAACACGAUUCUCGCAAGCUUUGAAGGAAUUUGCCGAUUCGCCUGCAUCUUUUCAGAUUCUACAUACCAUCCCGCCAUCACAUCCGCCAUCAUCGGCAAUACCGAUAAAUACACUCUAUGUUCUGGACUCUAGUUUCAACCCGCCAUCGAAAGCGCAUCUCAGUCUGGUGAAAGCAACACUCAAGCAAUCACAACUAAACACCAAACAUGAUCCAAUAAGUCAUGUCAAAUCGAGUCAUGGUGACGGCGUAGCUACUGAUGGAGGUCCACCACGGGUUCUUUUUUUACUGGCCACCGUUAAUGCCGAUAAGAAGCCUAAACCAGCUGAUUUUGAAGAUCGACUUGUUAUGAUGACUCUGAUGGCUGAGGAGUUACGUUCUCUUCAACAAGCUCUCGCAAAAUCAUCGACAGAUGUGUCAAGCGAAAGCAGAGCUCCAAUUGUCGACAUCGGCAUUACGAAGCAGCCGUACUUUAUCGACAAGGCAAAGUCUAUCGAAGAGUCACAUGCCUACUCAUCGACCUCGACAUCAACUACGGCGGGAGCUGAAGAUACGCCAAUCACACAAGUCCAUAUCACGGGCUUUGACACACUGACCCGCAUCUUUGCGCCUAAAUACUACCCGGAAUAUACGCCACCGCUGUCAGCGCUAGAGCCAUUCUUGUCGCGACACCGGAUCCACGCCACAAUCCGAGUCGAGUCGACGUCGACUAACGACAACGAUGUGCAGGAUGAGUUCGGCACUAUUGACAGUCAGAGAGCAUAUCUGGAUGGUCUGGCACGUGGCGAUUUGGAGGAGCAAGGUCUGAAGCGGGAAUGGGCCGGUCAGGUCGAUCUGGUGGUCGAUGAGUCUGGAGAUGCCCAAGGUGUCAGUUCCACCAAGGCCAGGGCAUGUGUCAAGGAAGGAAGGACGGAUGACCUAUCUCACUAUGUUGGCGAUGGAGUUAGAACGUGGAUCGUGGAGAGGGGGUUGUAUACAUGAAGAUAUAUAUUGGAAGAGAUGAGAGAAAGACCUCUAGAGAUCUCUGCGAGAGUGCCUUUUCUUCCCACCACAUGUAUCUAUUGGACGGAACAUUAAUAGUGUGUACAUGAUUUAAGACAAUAAUAUUCUCAACGAUC